AUGGAACACGGAUUGAAUGUGAAUCCUAAAGUUUUAUAUGAACUGAAGUUGAUGACAGAAGUUUCAAAAGUCACACAGAACGUCUCGAGGUGUUUUGGGCACGAAGUACAGUGUAAAAUGUCAAAAUUAGUCGCCUUCGCACUUGCUGCUGCAGAUUUCGUUGAAAGCAAAGUUUAUGGUGACGCUUUCUCUUGUUUCCGAGAUUCUAACAUAAUUGAAUUCAACAAGUCAUGUGUGGAAAUUGAUACCCUUAAUAACGAUUUCCGCACGAUGCCUCCAGUCAACUGUACCAUCUGA